GAAGGACAGAAGAUGAAAGCUCCUAUUCCCAACUUGAUCCUCUUGUAUGCUACUCUGACUCAGAGCUUGAAGGUUGUAACCAAAAGGGGAUCAGCUGAUGGAUGCACUGACUGGUCUGUGGAUUACAAGAAAUAUCAAGUUCUAGUGGGAGAACCUGUUCGUAUAAAAUGUGCACUCUUUUAUGGAUAUAUUAGAGCUAAUUACUCCCUAGCCCAAAGUGCUGGACUUAGUUUGAUGUGGUACAAAAGCUCUGGACCUGGAGAUUUUGAGGAACCUAUAGCUUUUGAUGGAACCAGAAUGAGCAAAGAAGAAGACUCCAUUUGGUUCAGACCAACAGUGGUACAAGACAGCGGGCUCUAUGCAUGUGUUAUAAGAAACUCAACUUACUGUAUGAAAGUGUCCAUUUCGCUGACGGUGGGUGAAAAUGACACUGGACUCUGCUACAAUUCAAAGAUGAAAUAUUUUGAAAAAGCUGAACUUAGCAAAAGCAAGGAAAUCUCAUGUCCUGAAAUUGAGGAUUUUUUAUUUCCAUUUAGGGAGCCUGAAAUUCUGUGGUACAAGGAAUGCAAGUCAAAGACGUGGAGAUCAAGCAUUGUGUUUAAAAAGGACACUCUUGUCAUUCGGGAAGUUAGAGAGGAUGACAUUGGAAAUUACACUUGUGAGCUAAAAUAUGGAUUCUUUGUUGUCAGAAGAACCACGGAGUUGACAGUUACAGCACCACUAACAGAUAAACCACCAAAGCUUUUACACCCCUUGGAGAGUAAGCUAACAAUUCAGGAGACUCAGUUAGGCGGUUCUGCUAAUCUAACCUGCAGAGCUUUCUUUGGAUACAGUGGAGAUGUCAGUCCUUUAAUCUACUGGAUGAAAGGGGAGAAGUUUAUUGAAGAUUUGGAUGACAGUCGAGUCUGGGAAAGUGAUAUUAGGGUUCUCAAGGAACACCUCGGGGAACAGGAGGUUUCCAUCUCAUUGAUCCUUGACUCAGUGGAAGAGGCAGACCUAGGAAAUUAUUCCUGCUACGUCGAGAACGGGAACGGACGCCGGCAUGCCAGUAUUCUUCUACACAAAAGGGAGCUGAUGUACACAGUUGAGCUUGCUGGUGGGCUUGGUGCUAUUCUGCUGCUGCUUGUUUGUCUGGUGACCCUCUACAAGUGUUACAAGAUAGAGAUCAUGCUCUUCUACAGAAAUCAUUUUGGAGCUGAAGAACUAGAUGGAGACAACAAAGACUAUGAUGCAUAUCUAUCUUAUACCAAAGUGGAUCCUGACCAGUGGAAUCAAGAAACUGGAGAGGAAGAAAGAUUUGCUCUUGAGAUUCUACCAGAUAUGCUGGAAAAGCAUUAUGGAUACAAGUUGUUCAUACCAGACAGAGAUUUGAUUCCCACAGGAACCUAUAUUGAAGAUGUGGCAAGAUGUGUAGACCAAAGCAAGCGACUGAUCAUCGUCAUGACUCCAAGUUACGUGGUAAGAAGAGGUUGGAGCAUCUUUGAACUGGAGACAAGGCUUCGAAAUAUGUUAGUCACGGGAGAAAUCAAAGUGAUACUGAUUGAAUGCAGUGAACUACGAGGAGUUAUGAACUACCAGGAGGUUGAGGCCCUAAAACAUACCAUCAAGCUCCUCACUGUCAUUAAAUGGCAUGGACCAAAAUGCAACAAGUUGAAUUCCAAGUUCUGGAAACGUUUACAGUACGAAAUGCCUUUUAAGAGGAUUGAACCCAUGACAAACGAGCAGGUUUUAGAUGUCAGUGAGCAGGGGCCCUUUGGGGAACUGCAGACAGUCUCUGCGAUUUCCAUGGCUGCUGCCACCUCCACUGCUCUUGCCACUGCCCAUCCAGACCUGCGCUCCACCUUCCAUAACACAUACCAUUCGCAGAUGCGCCAGAAACACUAUUAUCGAAGCUAUGAAUACGAUGUACCUCCUGCUGGCACCCUGCCACUUACCUCAAUAGGUAACCAGCACACCUACUGCAACAUCCCCAUGACACUUAUUAACGGGCAGCGGCCGCAGACAAAAACUAGCAGGGAGCAGAACCCCGAAGAGGCUCACACAAACAGUGCCAUCCUGCCCCUCUUGCCACGGGAGACCAGUAUAUCCAGUGUCAUUUGGUGACCGACACGCAAGGGGCUGUCAACCCCCUUGAGUAGGAGCAGAGCCUGCAGUCUGGUGCCUGGAACUACAUCCUCGACUGCUGCUGUUAAACAUGCAUUACAAUCGAUAACAAACGAG